AUGCCGAACUUGACGAUGGAGGAAGUGGAGGAGAAGAUCAUGGAAGCCAAGGCGUGGAAAGCGCCCGGGGAAGACGGGCUGCCGGCGAUGGUGUGGAAACAGCUGUGGCCGGUGGUGAAGGAGCGCGUUAUGCAUCUGUUCCACACUUCACUGGGCGAAGGACAACUACCGGACCAGUGGAGGAGCGCCAAGAUCAUUCCGCUCAAGAAACCGGACAAGGGAAACUACAGGAUCGCAAAGGCAUGGAGGCCGAUCUCGCUUUUGUCGACGCUGGGCAAGAUCCCCGAAGCAGUAGUAGCUGACAGAAUUUCGUACGUCGUCGAGAGGUUCAGACUCUUACCCACAAACCAUUUUGGGGCGAGAAAACGGCGGUCGGCAGAGCAGGCACUGCUGCUCUUCCAGGAACCGGUCUACAAAGCAUGGCGGAACCGCCAAGUGGUCAGUCUGGUUAGCUUCGACGUCAAGGGUGCCUACAACGGAGUGUUCAAGGACAGAUUACUGCAAAGCCUCGAAGCAAGAGGCAUCCCCAAGGGGCUUGUGAAGUGGAUAGAUGCGUUUUGCUCAAACCGCACGGCCACCAACGUCGUGAACGGCUACACUUCUGAGCGACGGGAGCUGCCACAGGCCGGCCUUCCGCAAGGGUCGCCACUGUCGCCUGUGCUCUUCCUCUUCUUCAACGCAGACCUAGUGCAGAGCAGGAUCGACUCGAAAGGCGGCUCGAUCGCGUUCGUUGACGACUACUCAGCCUGGGUCACAGGGCCGACGGCGGAGGCGAACAGGGAUGGCAUACAGGCCAUCAUUGACCGAGCACUAGCGUGGGAGAGACGCAGUGGAGCGACGUUUGAAUGCGACAAGACGGCUAUCAUCCACUUCACACGCGUCGCUGAACGCACCAGUGAUGCGCCGUUCAUGAUCAAGGGUGAGGAAGUCAAGCCGAAGCAGAAGGUCAAGAUCUUGGGAGUGGUUAUGGACACGAAGCUCAGGUUCAAGCAACAUAUAGCCGAGGCCGCCUCCAAAGGUCUCUCGGCAGCUAUGUGUCUGAGGAGACUCAAGAUGCUUCCACCGCACACUGCCAGACAGCUCUUCGUCGCCACCGUUGCUCCGGCCAUGGACUACGCUUCUGUCGUGUGGUCGCAUGCACGCGGAGAAAGAGAACUAACCUGGCUCAACAGGGCACAGAAAACAGGGGCACAGGCGAUCACCGGCGCCUUUCGAACAGUGUCGACGGCAGUGGCUGAAGCGGAGUCUAGCAUCCAAACAACCUUUGAAGAACACAUCAUCUUCCACUCCUGCAAUAUUGUCUCAUCACCUUGGGACCAGAUUAGUAGUGACGGGGGUGUUUUCUUGGAUCAAGAUGUCGAAGACAGUGACUCGCCUGAUACGGAGCUCGAGCAAAUUUCUAUGGACGUUGCAGACGUCGUCGACUGUCUUCUGAGCCUAAGUGUGGCCAUCCGAAAUCCCGCACCUCACGAUCGCUUCGUCGAAUCACAUUCGAUAGGUCUGGCAGAACGACUGGGCAAGGCGAUAAGUCGACGACGCCAAUUCUUCAAGUACAGAGAGGCUCAUCGCCUGAAACUCUCACAUGGCCUUGACUAUCACUAUCUUGGAGAUGCUGAGACAAUUGCAUCAUCACUACCGGAGCACCUUAAGGAUAAGAGUAGAACUGGCCAGAUUUCCCGGUUGCCUGUUCUUGAAGACAACUAUUCCGACGCUGGAGUCUCUCAGACCUCGUAUGCAACGUCUGCAGCAGAUACUGAGCAACGACACGUCCCGCCACUGCCGACAGAAGCCUCCAAAGGUCCUUUUGAGUGUCCUUUUUGCUUCACUAUCAUUGCUGUAACAGAUAGAUCCACCUGGAAGAAGCACGUCUUUGGAGAUCUCCGGCCAUAUAUCUGCCUGGAUAAAGAUUGCAUGAACCUGGAGAAGAAGUUUUCCUGGCGGCACCAAUGGAUGGACCACGUCAAGCAAAAUCACUGGAAGGAGGAGGAAGCCAAGAGAAAAGCAGAAGAAGAGGAGUUGCUUAGAAAGGUGGAGGCCGAAGAGGCACGGCAACAAGCUGAGAAAGAGGAAGCGCAGAAGAGAGUGCAGGAGGAGCUAAAGAAGUACAGAGACGUCCCGGUGGGUGGUAUGGUUAGUCUGAGGGACAAUCCGGAGAUAGACAAGGUCUUUAAGGAGGCGACCAGGUGCAAAGCCGGCGGAAACAGGUGCUAG